GAGCUGAAGUUGAGCUAAGGGUAUGUUUUGAGGUGCAAACCUAUGCUCAAACCAACAUUCGCGAAGGUCGAACGCAGCGUGGUCCUACGGCAGUGAUAUACCUUUGACCUGCCCAAAGCCAGCAGCUCGCGAGCUUGUGGGUAGGUGGCUGUUUGUGCCGUUACGGAGAAAGGCAACAAGGGCGUUGCGUGUAGCCACAGCCUUGUCAGAGACAAUAGAACGGCUAGUCUUGCCUAUCCCUUCGUGAUAGCUGGCUACCUUUCUCUGGUCCGUGACCCUUCUUCCAACCCUGUUGAUGCUUUCCUCCGUCGCCCGGCUGCGACGCCUUGCGUCUUUAUUUCUCGCCCUUUCUCCUCUCGUUGCCUGCCAAGGCGACACCAUUUUUACAUCUUCUGUUACUUACUGCUCAGAACCGGACGCUCUCCUUAUUCAACAAUUCGAAAUUAUCUACUUCCAGCAGAACUCGUCAGUGUGGUUUAACAUCUCGGCGGCGAGCGUGCAACCGGACGUAAAUGUGUCGGCCAAUGUCUUCCUGAAUGUAUACGGGAUGCAUCCCGUGAAUUAUACAAUCGAUCUUUGCUCUCUGUUCAAUGGUGCACUGUGCCCGCUCCCGACUUACAAUUUCACUGGUUCCGACAUCGUUCCCCUCCCAUCGUCAUUGGGCUUAAAUCAGCUGGUCCCCGAAAUAACAUUCAAGAUUCCGGACCUCGAGGCCUAUGCUCAGUUGUCGCUGACGGAGGUGAAUACUGGGGCAUUAAAAGCCUGUGUUCAAGCCACAUUGUCAAACGGUUGGUCUGCCCAUCAAGUGGGGGUGGAAUGGGCAACAGGUGGUCUGGCCCUCCUCGCACUGCUUUCCGCUGUCUGGUUCUCAGUCACGCCGGACAGCCUUCUCUCCUUCCGUUUCCUAGAUCUCUUCUAUCUCUAUCAGUGGGCAGCCUCGACCGCUCUUCUGGACCUUAAUUAUUCCUCGGUUUAUAUCGCCUUUGCAACUAAUUUUGCAUGGGCGUUGGGCUUGCUCUCUGCGUCCGCGAACUCCCCCAUCCAGCUGGCGAUCAACAACAUGCGGCAUCUCACCGGCGGCACGAUGGCUGACUCAUCAGGAGGUUCUGCAGUCGCCUACGUUAACAGAAAGCUCAGCCCAUAUAAUGCUGCUGCUGCCAUGUUUGUCUCUGGAACAUCUCAGCUUCUUGAGAUAAAUCAAGAACUGGUUCUGAUCGGGUCAAAUUCGACGUUAGCAAAUUACGCUUCGCCUGCAACGGAGCAACUGGAUAGUGCAGGUACCGUGCAACUCGUCACUUCUUCGUCUUCCAACGUCCUGCAAGCUGGGAUUCCUAUUUAUGUCAACUAUGUUGGGAUUGCGACUGCAAAUGCGUUCAUGACCAUGUUCCUGACGGCCUUGAUGGUUUUUGCUAUAUUCCUUGUGGCCGUUGCCAUUGGAUACGGAAUUGUGGCCUACAUAGCUCCUCGAAGCCGUGAAAAAGCAGGUUUUCUCCCAGAUCUCCGGGAACGAUAUACGGCUUUGGCUCGAGCGUGGCUUCUCCGUUUGUGCCUCAUUGCCUUCCCGCCGGUGACAAUAUUUGCCAUGUAUCAAUGGACUCUUGCGGAUUCGUGGCUUUCUAUCCUUCUCUCCGUCCUAUGUUUAUCGUUGGUUGGGGGAUACCUCUCGUAUUGUUUGUUUCUUAUUGUUCGCCUUGCGGUUCGUGGUACAUCAUCUACACUUUACGCCGACCCCAAGUUCCUGACUUCCGGCGCGCCCCUCUUCGCGCUAUAUCGGCCUGAGCGGUACUAUGCCGCUUUACCUCUACUCGUCGCCACUCUGCUCAAGGCUAUUUUAACUGCGUUUGCCCAUGCAAAUGGUGAAGUGCAGAUUAUAUUCAUCCUGGUCGUUGAGGUGGGGGUACUUGCGACUCUUAUAGUUCUUCGCCCGCACAAAACCAGAGGAGCAGACAUUCUGGUUACUUACCUGGCAAUUACCAGAGUCGUUUGCACUGGACUGCUUGUCUCCUUUGUGGAAGCGAUCGGUCUGGGCGCUAUCCCUCGCGUGAUAAUUGGUAUCGUUGCUGCCGUUUUUAUAUCAGUGGCAGUCAUUGUCAUGUUCAUCAACGUACUCGUCAACUUGGCGGCACCUUACUUCAGGAGACAUCGUAUCACAACAUCCACCGAUUUCUCAGCGUUAGAGAAGGGAAGACCUGGAGAUGAGGAGACGGGGCGGCCGGUGAACCCUACACCGGAGCAAAUGGUCCCUCUCGACCCAUGUGUUAAUCAACCGUAUCCCGACAGUUCGUCGCAGACCUCGAUGGAGGAGGACCCGAGUGUUUAUACGCAAGAGUCGGGAACCACCACACUGGGUUCCCUGAUACCACGCCAGUCGUCCCUACAGCCUUCUCAACAAUCUCAUUCGAGGAACAGCUCCAUGUCGCAUUCCCGUAAUUCCUUUUCUCAGUCGUCAAACUUCGUAUCGAACAAUGCAUCAUCACCACAACAAUCUCUCCCUCCUUCACCACUCUAUUCACACUUGCAGUUGCAUAGUAGACAGCCAACAAUCGAUGAACUUUCAGUCACUACUACUCAUUGUUAGAUCGGGUAUUUCGCGUGUUUAUGGGACAUUUCGCAGACCCCGUAGCCAUUUCCUUUUGCCUUGUAGUUACUGCGUAUGUUUUUCCAGACGACAUCACCCCGGUGUAAUACUCGUAGAUGUCAAUUGUCGAGUCGUUGCACUUGGAGCUGCUGGGGGUUUUCUCCAGAACAAAUAAAUGGAGAGGGCAAGUGGCUUGGUGAGUUCAUGAUAAAUCAACACAUUAGCUAUCCUUGACAUUAGCUUAAUAAUCUAAG